AUGAUGAUGAAGAGCAACAGUACGGGUAAUGGAAAUUCAACAACAUUUACUGUUCAUGAUCGUCUUGGUGCCGCUAUUGCUCCAAAUACAAAUUCAUCACAUUCAAAUACAACAACUUGUUCAAUAAAUUUAUCAACAUCAUCUAAUUGUCAAACAAUGACAACAGUAACAACAACAAAUAAUUCUAAUACAAAUUUAAUGCCUGCUGGAAGUUUAUCAUCAGCUACAGCAGCAUCAUGUAAUAUAGCAACAGGAAAUAGUAAUAAUAAUUCAAUAACAACAACAACAUCAAACAAUUCUAAUCAACAUCAAGAUUUAGUUAAUUUAUUUGAAUGUCCUGUUUGUUUUGAUUACGCUUUACCACCUAUUCUUCAAUGUCAAUCAGGACAUAUUGUUUGUUCACAAUGUCGACAAAAACUUUCAUCAUGUCCAACGUGUCGUGGACCGUUAGGUAAUAUCCGUAAUUUGGGUAUGGAAAAAGUAGCUGAUACAAUAGUAUUUCCUUGUAAAUAUCAAACAAAUGGUUGUUUAUUAAAUUUAAUGCACAAACAUAAAUUAGAACAUGAAGAUUCCUGUGAUUUUCGACCGUAUAUGUGUCCGUGUCCGGGUGCAUCAUGUAAAUGGCAAGGUAGUCUUGAAAAUGUAAUGCAACAUCUAUGGCUUGCACAUAAAUCAAUAACAACAUUACAGGGUGAAGAUAUUGUAUUUUUAGCUACAGAUAUUACUUUACCUGGAGCAGUUGAUUGGGUUAUGAUGCAAUCAUGUUUUGGACAUCAUUUUAUGCUUGUUUUAGAAAAACAAGAACAACAAUUUUUUGCUAUUGUUCAAUUAAUUGGUAGUCGACAACAAGCAGAAAAAUUUGUUUAUCGUUUAGAAUUAAAUGGUAGUAAACGACGAUUAACAUGGGAAAGUACACCGAAAUCUAUUCAUGAAGGUAUUCAACAAGCUAUACUUCUUAGUGAUUGUCUUGUAUUUGAUGGAGCAACAGCAUUACUAUUUAGUGAAAAUGGUAAUUUAGCUAUUAAUGUGACUAUAUCCAUCGGUUAA